AUGGCUAGUCUUGCAAGAUCUCAUGUAUCAUUCAGAAGAUCAGGUUCAUCUGGUCUUGUUUGGGAUGAUAGAUUCUUAUCCGGAGAAUUAAACAAACUCAAUCAAGAACAACAACAAUGCAAGAGUACUUCUACCGAAGAAUAUAAUAAUAAUAAUAAUAUCAAAGAGCUUCACGACGGAACCACCAUACGUAGAAGCCGCUCUACCGGCGCUGCCCGAGGAUACCGUGCCGGAAAAGUCUCUCCGCCGGCGAUCGAUCCACCAUCUCCAAAACUCUCCGUGUGUGGCUUCUGUAGCCUUUUCGCAGAAAAUAGUCUCCGAUCAAAGUCUAGAAAACGUCGAUCGAGGUAG